AUGCCACUUGUGUGCAAUAAGAAGUGGGAGACGAAAGACACGGAAGAGACGUUGUGCCGCGAGAUCCUCUUCCAGUACUGCUGUUCUAUGACGAAGAAACCAGAGCUACAGCACUUGAGUGAGAAGUACGGUGACAGACAUGGUUUGCCAUUGGGGCUGUGGAAACACACCCCUCUACGUUUUAGUGCUUCUCACCGUGCUCACGAAUCUGGUAUGUUCACUGGCUGGCCCUCAUCGGAUGCUACAGAUGUACAGGAGCGUAUUAAUAAUGACGACAACAACAACAAACUGAUCGAGCCUUGGCACAUUCUCGACACCAACAUCUACAACCCUGGAACAGCAACCACAUACCAGGAUGCAAUCCCCUCGACCAACGAGACCAUUGUGAUUGACGACCUUGAGGGUGCCGUUUUGGACGAGUCUGCUGUUGCAGCUGAGGGGAGCGACGAUGAUGCCGAUGCUGCAGGCGAGUUUGAUGGUGAGAAGCUAGAGUCUGACGAAGAAAUAGGCGAGACUCCUGCUGCCGGUAUCCUGCCAGGUUCCAGAGCUGACGACGCUAAUCCUGAUCUCCAGGAUACCAUCUCCCAAGUCUACUCACUGAUCAUAACCAACGACAAUUUGAAGGCCUAUCUGGUGGUCGACAGGGACUUCACCCGAUUAGUCGCUCAUCUUCAGCGCGCUGCCGAUGGUGACGUGGACAGCGACGCCAGAGAGUACUUUGAUGAGUGUAUGGGCCAAGUUUACGAACGAUACAUAACCCCAACUCAAGGGGGCUGA